UUCCGUUGCCCGGAAUAAAAAUUCUGAUUCACAGUAGUAUAUUAUCAGGUAGGUAAUCUACCUGCGGUAGAUCGCGGACCCCGUGCUGUUUGUACGUAAGUAUAUGAUCUAACUCUAGAGUAUCAAAGACCAAAUUUAUACCAAGUUUAUCGUUUUUACUUAAUUCCACUUACGGCGGAUUAAUAUAAUCAUUUAAUAUAAAAUCCUAACCCAACCGUACUAAAAUCUGAUUUAACCCUUUUUAAAUCAACCUAUUUUCUACCCAGAGGUUUAAUCUACACACAAACAUUCAUUUUUGUGUAUAUAAAAAGAAGAAUGGGCUGAGAGAAUAAUAGCGUUACGCAAGUGGAUGUACUCGUCUGAUCGUAACUUCGAUUGAUUGAAACGAAUGAGAUUGAGACGCUCCAUUAAUAUUCAAAUUAAAAAAAAUAAUAAUAAAUAAAUAUUAUUCUCAACUCCUAUAACCCACAGCAACCAUUAUUAAACAAAAAUUUCUACCGUAAAUCUCAAAAUCCCUGUUUAGCACCUACCGGGGGUGAUCAAUUCCCUUUUUAAAUUAGCCUAUGACACACACAAAGAACGUGUCUUUCUAUUGGUGAAUGAAUUUUAAAAAUCGGUUCAGUAGUUCCAGAGAUUACUUUCGACAACGGUAACUAACGACUUCUCUUUAUAUAAUAGCAUAGAUAUAGAUAGAUAAAUUAAUUAUACUUAGACAUUUUUAUAAAUUAUAAAUAUUGACAGAAUAAUAUAAAUUACUAUACAAUUUUAAUUAGCAUUGCCACCAUAUCUUCCAAACCCAUUAUCCUGGACCUAUUAUCCUCAAUACACAAAGUUAAAUAACUCAAAAAACACUUGAUACGACAAAAUGUUUAGAAAAGUUAUCCGGUAAAUAAUUUAUACUAAAUUAGGAGGGACGGAGGGCUCUCAUUUUAAAAACCGAUGUUUGUAUUUAUAUCACGACAGGACUCUCCUUAAGUAGUAAAAAAAUCUUAAGAAUUUGAAAAUAUGGUCUUUAAGUAUAUUUAAACAUUUUAAAUUAAAUUAAAAUUUUAAUAAUUUGAAUAAAUUCAUAAUUAAAGGGAAAAUGGUGGUUAGCAUGUUUGGUAAAUCACCCUGUAAAUUGCAUAUAUAAAUAUAUUGUAAACCUAUAUCUGUAUCAGUCACAACCAGGUAUACAUAGUACAUAUUAUAUACCUAAUACAAGCAGUUCAUACUUUAUAUGCGUGUGUUCAAACAGAUUUGUUUGUAUUUUAUUCCACUUCUUUCGGAAAUUAAUUUUUGCCGGAUGUGUACCGAAUUUAAAAAAUGCCAUCACAACCUUAACAAAUUGGUGGUGGAUGGAUGUAUCACUACAGCAAAACUGUCGGCGAUCAGAGCGCAGAGAAAAGCGUUGAACGACCGCGUGGCAAAGACAACCGGUGGCGGAGCGUUUGGCGCGCAAAUACUGAUGGAAAUCGGGACGACUGCGGCGGCUACGGUGUUUGAAGUCCACCGAGCGCUCCUGUCAGCAGAACGUUCCGGUCCGGCGGCGGACCUGUUGGAUGUAUCUCAACGAUUUCUGAGGCUGUUCGCGUUGUGCAAGGUUUCCGGCGACGUUGCAGAGGAAGCAAACAAACUCGUGACGAUCUUGUUGGACAUAAACCCGAGCGCGGACAUACAUCUAGAAGACGAAGUAAUUAUGUAUUUUUAUCACGUCUCAUCAGGUCUGCUAUUCUUACUCGUUCGUGUCAUAAUCCGUGUAAUAAUAAGUAAGGCAAUCAGGAUAGUUAUCAAGUAGACUAAGCCUUGAAAAUGAUCUAUAUCUAUAUAAGUUACCAAUAUGUCGUGACCGAAUACGAGUGACAAAUGUUGCGGUCUUACGACAACCUUUAACUGCCAUUUUUGUACUGCAUAACCAUACAUUAUUUUAUGAAAACACAAUGUCAUCGGAUUCAUUUCAAAUAAAACGUUUUUGUGGUGGCAAUUUUGAAAACAAUAACAACUGCACUCCUUGAAAAAAUACAAUUAACAAUCAAUUCAAAAUGUUACCAAAAAUU